AUGCCUCACACCAGUAGCCAAAUUCUUCAUCAACCCAUGCACGCAAAGUUUGCAGACACACGCAAUAUCCACUCUCGAGACACACCCUCCGUAACACAAACAGCUACCAAAGUUAUGGCAUUCAAAGUCUUGUUCUGUAGCCCUGUACUUUUGUUGGUUUCCUUGCUCCAUUUUGCUACCUUUGCUUUCUCCACAACAUCUUCUGUGGCUGCUACAGCUGAAGUAGGUAAAGCAUUUGAGGAAGCAGAAGCUCUUCUAAACUGGAAAGCCAGUCUUGACAACCAAAACAAAUCUCUCCUGUCUUCGUGGGUUGGAGACCGCCCAUGCAUUAAUUGGGUUGGAAUUACUUGCGAUGAUAUGGAAUUGGGUGUCACGCGCCUAAUCCUUUCCAGUUUUGGUUUGAAAGUCUCUUAUCUUUUACAAAACUCGCUUUAUGGAACUAUUCCUGAUAGUAUUGGAGACCUUUCUAAACUCACCCAUCUCGAAUUCUCUCACAAUAAUCUUUUUGGUGCAUUUCCUCCUAGCAUUUUUAACCUUUCCAAACUUCGGUUUUUCGAUUUGACUGGAAAUCAGAUACCGGGAAGAAUUCCACCCGAGAUAGGCCAAAUGAUAAGUCUUCAAUAUUUAAUGGUUUCCGAUAAUUUACUCAAUGGUUCCCUCCCUCAAGAAAUAGGAGCAUUGAGAGAUCUCCUUUUUCUUGCUUUAGAUGGAAAUAGUUUCAUAGGCCCCAUCCCAGGCUCCCAGCUAUAUAUGGAAGCUUAA